AUGGUGCAUUUCAUAUUCUGUAUGACACCAAUACUGUUAAUUAACCAUGAUCGAUUAUUGUAUUAUUAUGCUUUGAUAGGUGUACUGGCUGGUAGCGUCGAUAACCAUCUUGAAUUGGGCAAAAAGUUUCUGGCUACCGGAAAAUUGCAAGAAGCGCUAGUACAAUAUCAUGCUGCUGUGGAUGGAGAUCCCAAGAACUAUUUGACAUUUUUCAAGAGAGCAAUAGUCUAUAUUGGAAUGGAAAAGGGUCAAUUGGCGGUGGCUGAUUUAGAUAGAGCCACAGAAAUAAGACCCAAUUUUUUACAGGCAAAGUUACAACGAGGUAAGGUUCAUAUUAAACUAGGCAAACUGGAGAAAGCGCAACAUGACUUGGAAGAAUCGAUACAGGAUAGUAGCGUACAAAACGAAGCCCGUCAGCAGUUGGAAAAUAUAGAACCGCUAAGGCAGACUAUUGCUAAUGCAAAACAUACUUACGCAAGCGGCGAUUAUGAAGCAGCUAUUCAAAUUCUUAAUGUGGCAAUUGAGAGUUGUCCAUGGGAUCCUGAAUUGAGAGAGAUGAGAGCUGAAUCCCAUUUAGCAGUGAAUGACAGAAUGGCUGCUAUAGCUGAUGUUAGGCGAAUUACAAGAUUAACAAAUGACAAUACCAAUGCUUAUUACAAAUUAACGAAAUUACUUUACGAGAAUGGAGAUCUGGAAAGUUCUCUUCAGCAAGUUCGGGAAUGCUUAAAGUUAGACCCAGACCACAAAAUGUGUUUUCCAUUUUACAAGAAAGUUAAAAAAUUAAACAAAAAGUUGCAGAGUAUUGAGGAGAAGAUUAACACGGAAAGCUAUCAAGAUGCAAUCCCGAAAUUAACAGAUAUCAUGCAAACUGACGUGACGCAAGUUCAACACUAUGCAACUAUGCUUUCAUCCAAACUAUGCUUGUGUUAUCUUAAAGUAAAAGACGUCAACGAAGGCAUUGCAGUGUGUACCGAUGCCCUUAAGGAAAAUGAAAACGAUAUUGAUCUUCUUUGCAACAGAGCUGAACUAUAUUUGCUAAACGAUGAAUAUGACGAAGCUAUUGCAGAUUAUCAAAAGGCAAAGUCAAUUAACAAUGGAAAUCAAAGGGCAAACGAAGGCUUGAAUAGGGCUAAUAGGCUAUUAAAGCAAUCUCAAAGGAGAGAUUAUUAUAAAAUUUUAGACGUUAAAAAAACUGCAACGAAACGUGAAAUUUUAAAGGCUUAUAGAAAAUUAGCUGUCAAAUGGCAUCCUGAUAACUACAAAGGUGAAGAUAAAAAAAAAGCGGAAAAGAUGUUUAUCGACAUUGCGGCUGCUAAGGAAGUGUUAUCCGAUGCUGAAAAAAAGCAAAAAUUCGAUAAUGGUGAGGAUCCCUUAAGCCCUGAAGGUCAACAACCUGAUUUUCAUAAUCAAGGAUUCCAUUUCCAAGGAGGUGGCUUCCCCUUUGGCGGAGGAGAUGGUUUUCAUAAUUUUAAGUUUCAUUUUGGCGACAGAGUUUAG